AUGGCUUGGUUUAAGAAAGCGACAGAAAAGGCCAAGGGCUUGGUCCAUGAUCACGAGGGAACGCAGAGUGGUGGUCAAUACCCGCACCAGCAGCAGCAGCAACCAAUGGGACCACCGGCGCCCGGCCCCCCGUCUGAGCCCGUAAAGGUAGACAACAUCACGACGAGCUUCCGCACCUGUGGUCUGCAGCAGUCGAACUUCCCGCAUGUCUUCCGCGACGGCGGUGGCGGUGGCGUUGUCGGCGGUAAGCACCUCAUCAUCUUUGCCGACGGCAUGUACACCAAGGGCCAACCGCCAACGGACCCGAGCCGCAUUGUCAGCUUCGUGUCCAACUCGAUUGCCGUUGCUGGCGACGGAGCUGUGUCGGGACCGCCUACGCUCACGCGCGUGACGGAUUUUGGCGACGCGACGCACGGGCCCCAGCAGGCGGUGCCGUUCUUGACCGACCAGGGCGAGUCCGCCAUGGCCACGGCCAUCUGGCCCAACCACAACAUUGCCCCGCUGCCCGGCACCAACGGCACGCGCGGCGUGGCCUUUACCGAGGUCAUUGACCGCAACCUGUUCAAGCAGCAAAAGUUUGCCCUGCUGUACAACACGCCCAUCGACAUCCACCUCGACGCGCAGUCGGGCACGCCCGUCGUGUCGCGGCCGGUCAAGAACCUGUUCAACGUCGGCGAGCCCAUGUUUGGCUCGUUUUGCAUCGUCCACCCGGACCUCAUGCCCAACGGGGGCGACGGCUACCUGUACCUGUUUGGCCGCGUGUCCGAGGCCGCCAACCACAAAAGCAACGGCCUCAAGCUGGCGCGCGUGCGGCCCGAGGCGUUUGCCGACCGCCGGCAGUACGAGUUCUGGGACGGACAGCAGUUUGGCCCGCGGAUGCCCGCGCUCGACGACGGCGGCGCCGCCAACGUGCUUGACUUCUCGCUCGACGCGUUUGGCAAGUGGUAUGGGCCCGCGACCGGCGACAUCUGGUGGAGCCCGGUGUACAACGAGUACAUUAUGCUGUUCCAGAGCGGUGCGGCGGCCGUCGACGACUCGCUCUACCUGUCGCACAGCACGUCGCUGACGGGUGGGUGGUCGAAGCCGGUGUCCAUCUACAAGAUCCCGCGGUUCCCCGACGGCUACAGCUACGCCUUCCACGCAUACCCCGCCAUGGACCCGACAGGCCAGACGGUGCCCCUCUCCUGGACGCAGGACUCCAAGACGCAGUCGUGCCGGAUCUACACUGGCGAGGUGCUGUUUUCGUAG